GGCUCUGAACAUGCACCGUCUCUUCCUGGGGAGGGCUUGUCGCCCUCUCGCACUACGACUACCUCACCGUACAGUAUUCAGGUCACUCAAUACCGAGGCUAUUGAUUACGACUCGAAAUACGCCGGCAAGCUCUAUCAACGGGCUAAGGAAAAAAGCAUCAGUGUCAGCCAGCUCAAAGCUGAAGCCCGGCAGAAACUGGAAGAGGAGAAAAUACGCGUUCGGGAUACUCUUGCGGGUGACAAGGCUCAGGACCAGGAAAAGAAGAUCCAUGGAGCAAAAGCGCCAGUCUCAUCGAACACUAGACGUGACAGCUCACCAAUUAAGCCACUCUCAUCUAUCCUGAACCUUUCUCGCAUUAUUUCCCUCAAUGCUUCCCAAAUAGGUGCACUGUGGACUGCUUACCAUGCAUCUCGUUCGGACGGAACUGGUCGAGGGUAUCUCUGUGCAUCGAUAUCUGUAGCCCUUUACGAGAAGAUGGCCAAAAAUGGCAUGAAAUAUCCUGUUUUCGUCCUCCCCGUCCCACAUCUAAAACAACCCUCCACGACAAAGGAGACUCAGAAGGAGAAAAAUACUGCAUAUGAGUUCUACUUCAUGGAAUGGGCUUUUCAUGAGCCUCCUGUCGGCCCCUCCGCUGCCACCGCCGACCCGUUCUCUAAACCUCCACAGUGCCAUGACGCUAGCAAUAUACCCAUCUCCACUAUCUUGUUUACUCCUCUGAUAGAGUACAAGAUGCGGAACUCGUUUGCUACCCCCUACCUCGUUCUAACGCACUACACUGACCUUGCUAAAACGCACGGAAUCGUAUUGCUUCGAGGAGAAAUCACACCCACUUCUGCAGGAAACGGGCACCUGUUGUCCCAGGAGGAUGCUCAAGUACUCUCCAUGGGUUUACAAAAGUUCUACUUAUGGGACAACACGACUGCCGAUAGCUCAAACACAGGGGAGAAGAUGUUGAAGGCUUUCCACGAGGACCCCCACAAUUUCAAUUGGCAGCAGCUGCUACAAUAUGGUACACACUUAUAAGUAGAAGGUUUUAGAUGAAGAGGAUUGUACUAUUCACACAGUCAAUAUGAUAGAGAGGAUAAUGGACGCAGUCAACAGAAACAAGUGGGUACUAAUUGAUCACGCGAAUCUACGAACAUUCGAUCCCAUGGCCUUGCCAGCCCACUUACCACUCCUUUGAGCCGCUUGUUCAAUUUCCGCUUCCCUGUAAACUGGUGCCAUACUCAGGUUCCUGGAGACUGAAAUUAGAUGGCAGUACACGCGUUUGAACAGGGACGGACCUUUUCUUCUUCAUUGUGCCACUCGCAGACGAACCUCUCUUCGGCAUGAUGAACAUGGAGUCUUCUUCUCCAACCUCAUCCUCAAGCAUCAAGUCAUUUAGCCCUUUGGUUAAAUUGGAAACGCGAGUUUGUUGGUUAUUUCCCUUUGGGCGGGUCGGUGAUGAACUAGAGUGCCUUGGUACAACCUUAGCCCGAGGUGUAGGCAAUGAAGGAACCCAUUCAUCGUCUUCUUCGGCGUCUUCUUCGGAUUCGUCUGCAGAAUCCCGGUCAACUAAUUCGUCGUCAGAGGGGUUCACACUGCUUGUAUCUUCCGUUUCACCAUCACUGGUCACUGCCUCCUCGUUGUCUGAAGGUAGCAUGGGUGGAUCGGGAACGAAUUUUCGAAUUUCUCGAAUUUCUUGAGAGGCAAGGCUUCGUAUCCGUUGCGGGUGCUUCGCAUGUUUAAACAUCUCCUCGUCAGACCCAGAGUCAGAUUCUUCACCAUCUUGUUCAAUCUAGGACACCUGUUAGAGGAAAUCUUCAUCCAACAAGCAUUGAAUACCAACCAAACUCAUCUCAUCAUCUUCCCCUUCCUCUGAUUCAUCAUCACUGUCGACUUGUAGUUGCCGCUUUUUGACAGGACUAGCAAACAGUCCUGACUGAUGAAGCAUGUCGAUUUUGGCAUCAGUUUUCACUUCGUUUUGUUCAACUUCCUUCAUCAGACGCCUUGUAUACAUUCUCUCCAUUUCUUGCAUGCGUUCCUCCAUUUCCCUCAUCACCUCCUCGCGCGUUUCGGCUUCAAU